AUGCACCUUCCGGUACAAGCAGUUCUCAUUGGAAUCUUUAUUCGCACCUCCUUGGGGGCCUCUCUCGGGGUCAUCGACCAGGAUCGCCAAUGUCUGAUAUGGUCUAACGAUAACCAUGGAUGCACAGGUUACUCUGAAUCUUUUGCAGAGCUCAAUGGAACCGACUGUUCAGAGUUGAGCGAGAUCGUGAAUGGCACGCGCAAAGAUUUCUCUACCCUUAGUGUAGGAGCGUGUGGGACUGAAGAUGGCAAGGAUGUCGCUUGGGUAACGGUCACCCAGACCGGUGAAGUCACUUUCUUCAAUCAGAACGGUGACAAGUCAGCAUGCACUUUGAAUAAUGGACUUCGGGUUGGCAGUUGGUGCAGUGCGUCUGAUUAUAAGUUAAUGACCACUACUGGCUCAUCCUCCGCGCCGAUGAUCUCUUCUUCGAGCACAGUCUCUUCUUCGAGCACAGUCUCUUCUUCGAGCACAGUCUCUUCUUCGAGUACUGUCUCUCCUUCGGCUACAGUCUCAGACAGCAAGUCGGAUUCUGCGACUUCCACGUCGACCUGCGUCUGUCAUUAA